AUGCGCUUUCCCAGUCAGAGCCCUGACCGUCAUCAGCCCCGGGAUAAGCAAAUUACGGCUGUACCUUGUGUUGGCUGGGUAGCCAAUGGACCUCGAUCUUAUGGUCUUUAUUCUCAGCAACGUCUUUCGAGCUGCGGAGAGACCCAGCGUCACUCGGAACAGCGAGGAACAAGAGAAGACAGGCAGCCCGUUAGCCAACAGCGCCGGGAGAAUCCUUUACGGAGUGAGCAAACUAAUAACACUAUCCGUGGAGUGUCUACAGAGUUUGCGCUCGAAUACCAUAAUCCAAUGCAGUUCCUUGCGGAAGGAUUUGCCCGCAGGCGGCGUGAACUCCUUAGCGAGGUUACAAGGCAGGAAUCUCGUAGCGGUAACAGCAGACGGCAAGAAGCGGAAUGCAUUGACCGGGACCGAUUCGAUACAAGAGGUGGGCGCCGGUUCGACAGAAGCAAAUCUCUGAGGGCAUCACCGGGACCUCGCAUCACACAAGAGGAGCCUACAGAGCUCGACAGAGACAUGCCACAAGAUCCCAAUGAAAGCUCGGGACCGACUCCAGCAACCGAUGAACAUUUACACCCAACGAUAAAGAGAGAAAGACAUGGUUCUCGGCAGCGCAAUUCUCCUCCAACUUGUCCAAGUCCGUCUGCAUCAGAUAGGGCCGGUGGAGUUCACCCAGUUUGCGUUUGUCCCAUAGGCUUUGAUUGUCCCAACAAGCGUGACGACCAAGUGGAUUGCCGCACACUAGUACUCGAGUUCAAAGAAUGGCAAUGGACUCAGCUACAAUUGUGCACUGAAAAACUGCCUCCAAAUCAUCCCAUUGAAGAGGAGCCCUUUAUCACAUUGCAUGAGGUGGUACCAAUCGUCAGACUGUUGGACCAGGUGCAUACACGGAUGCGGAUGUCAAUGGGUAUUCGGCACAUCUUCGCCAAGAUACAAGAGUGGAUCAGGUUGAUGUCAAACCACUCUAUGACCCAGGAGAUUCUCAACGAAUCUCGGGUACUGGGCCAUUUGAAGAAAUUUCUUUCGGACGAUAAUGCGGUGGUCCGGCGGACGAGAGCUGUCCCAGAGUAUAUCAUCGAAGACCUUACUUACCUGUGUCAAAAAUGGGAAUUCGGUGAUCUAGGCGUCCUCGCCCGUCGCGGGCUACGCCUACACGGACUCAAUGGCCUGCUGUUCCCAGACCCCGACUGGCCAUGGAAGCGCAGCGCCGACUUUUUCGGCCACGGCCAUCUCAUGAACGGCCAGACCUGGUGCUUCCGCGCUGAAAUGAUGCGAGACGGGGCGCAUGCGCCGUCUAUUGCGGGAAUCUACGGCACAAGGAAAGAAGGGGCGCGAAGCGUUGUCAUGGGACUUCACGACGAGCGCAAAGAACGGUACUAUGCCGACGUCGACCAAGGGAAUACAAUCUACUACUACGGAACCGCGCUAUCUCGAUUGCCCGAUGAUAUAGAGCCCACCAACAUAAAGGACCUCGUCACGCACCGGGUAGAGAGGAUCACAAAGAAUUCAAAAGGUCAAGGCCCAACAAACGCGACCAUGUCCCUCUUCACAUCUUACAGGACUGGCCGCCCGGUGCGGGUGUUCCGGUCAUUUCGACUGGCGGAAAUCGUGCCACAUAGGCCGAUCACGGGAUUCAGAUACGACGGGCUAUAUAUCGUCACAGCACCGGAACUGGUCAAAAUUGAACGCCAAAUUUACAGAUUCAAGAUGGAGAGAAUGACAACGGGGCAGGGCCCACUCCGCCACAGCGAAACCCCUCUGCGACCGGAAAAUCGGCCCAGCCGAAAGCGGAAGCGCGACGGUAGCUAA